AUCGAUGAUAACAUUGAAAGUAUAUCCGGAUAUCUCAAAGUAUCGCGACAGUUAUUGGUUCGACGUAUCUGACAACACAUCAAAGAUGGCAAAGCAAGAUCGCCCUUUUGUAAUCAUCACUUUAGUAGUUGUAUUCACUAUUCUAUACUCAGGAAGUGCGUUGAAAUGUUAUCAAUGCAACUCGCAAGAAAACGAGGAUUGUGCAAAGGGACCACUGUUAGAUACAAUGAUUGUAGAAUGUGGAUCAACGCCAUCCACUAUUAGUACAUCGACUACCCCCACGACUUCGACUACUCCGACGACUUCCACGACUCCGACUACCCCCACGACUCCGACUACUCCGACGACCCCGACGACUCCCACGACUCCCACGACUCCGACUACUCCCACGACUCCGACUACCCCCACGACUUCGACUACUUCAACGACCUCGACGACUUCCACGACUCCGACUACCUCCACGAUUUCGACUACUCCGACGACCUCGACUACUCCGACUCCGACUAACUCCACGACUUCGACUACUCCGACUCCGACUACCUCCACGACUUCAACUACUCCGACGACCCCGACGACUCCCAUGACUCCUACUACUCCCACGACUUCAACUACUCCGACGACCCCGACGGCUCCCAUGACUCCUACUACUCCCACGACUUCAACUACUCCGACGACCCCGACGGCUCCCAUGACUCCUACUACUCCCACGACUUCAACUACUCCGACGACCCCGACGGCUCCCAUGACUCCUACUACUCCCACGACUUCAACUACUCCGACGACCCCGACGGCUCCCAUGACUCCUACUACUCCCACGACUUCAACUACUCCGACGACCCCGACGGCUCCCAUGACUCCUACUACUCCCACGACUUCAACUACUCCGACGACCCCGACGGCUCCCAUGACUCCUACUACUCCCACGACUUCAACUACUCCGACGACCCCGACGGCUCCCAUGACUCCUACUACUCCCACGACUUCAACUACUCCGACGACCCCGACGGCUCCCAUGACUCCUACUACUCCCACGACUUCAACUACUCCGACGACCCCGACGGCUCCCAUGACUCCUACUACUCCCACGACUUCAACUACUCCGACGACCCCGACGGCUCCCAUGACUCCUACUACUCCCACGACUUCAACUACUCCGACGACCCCGACGGCUCCCAUGACUCCUACUACUCCCACGACUUCAACUACUCCGACGACCCCGACGGCUCCCAUGACUCCUACUACUCCCACGACUUCAACUACUCCGACGACCCCGACGGCUCCCAUGACUCCUACUACUCCCACGACUUCAACUACUCCGACGACCCCGACGGCUCCCAUGACUCCUACUACUCCCACGACUUCAACUACUCCGACGACCCCGACGGCUCCCAUGACUCCUACUACUCCCACGACUUCAACUACUCCGACGACCCCGACGGCUCCCAUGACUCCUACUACUCCCACGACUUCAACUACUCCGACGACCCCGACGGCUCCCAUGACUCCUACUACUCCCACGACUUCAACUACUCCGACGACCCCGACGGCUCCCAUGACUCCUACUACUCCCACGACUUCAACUACUCCGACGACCCCGACGGCUCCCAUGACUCCUACUACUCCCACGACUUCAACUACUCCGACGACCCCAACUACUCCGACUACCCCCACGACUCUGACUACUCCGACGACUCCCACGACUUCUACUACCCCCAUGACUCCGACUACUCCGACGACUCCCACGACUCCGACNNCCCCGACUACUCCGAUUACCCCCACGACUCCGACUACUCUGACGACUCCCACGACUCCGACUUCCCCCACGACUCCGACUACUCCCACGACCCCGACGACUCCCACGACUCCGACUACCCCCACGACUCCGACUACUCCAACGACUCCCACGACUCCGACUACCCCCACAACUCCGACGACUCCCACGACUCCGACUACCCCCACGACCCCGACUACUCCAACGACUCCGACGACUCCCACGACUCCGACUACCCCCACGACUCCGACGACUCCGAUUACCUCGACGACUCCUAGCCCGACGACACCGACAACCCCAACGACUGCUUUAUCUCCGUGUACUAGUAUGUCGAUGACUACUCGGAUUCCCCCGUUAACAGAUACAUCAACAACCCCCAUUUCAUCGAUAGAUACAUCGAAGAUCACACCGAUCUCAUCGACUGAUGCAUCGAUGACUAGCUCGAUCUUGUCGACCGAUAUAUCGGAAACCAUCCCGAUUUCUUCAGAAGAUCGGCAUGGUAAAAUUACGUAUAGUAGACUACGAAGAGGCAUUCUUCCUUAUGUUCAACAAAAUACAUAUGCAGAAGGAUGGAAUUGUGCUAUAAUUAAACAUCAUUACGACACUGAAGUCAUUGAACGUACUUGCAUUCCUUCCAAUUAUACAUGCGCUGAUAGUUCAGAAUGUGAAAUUGAGAAAAAAUGCGAUACAGAUGAGUGCAAUAAUGCUAAUGUGAUAUCAGUUAAUACGGUAACUUUAGUAUGGCUUAUGCUAUCAUGGAUGACUAUGUUCAUCCUUACUGGUUCCUAUUAAUUUUUAAACUUAAAGCGUUAUAAUGCCAUUGUAUCGUGAAAUGUUUUAAAACUAAAAAUCUUCAAGCAAGAAUCUAGGAUUAGGAGCUAAUGUAAAUACACUUAUCUAAUAAAUUUUAUUAAGUCAAGCGUUAUACAUCGAGCAAAG